AUGGGGAUCAAGAACUCCACCGCAACCUUUGCCCAGAGCUGGAGCAGUACUCAAGGCCGGCUCGUGCGCGUGGAAGUCCUUGUCCUCUUCAGCGCCUUGAUGGGAAUCCUCGUCGAGUUGCUUGGCUCACGCCGGCGGCAGCAUAGCCAUGGUUUCUUCCGCUUCUUCGUGUGGGCGGUGUACACGCUCUUCACCGUGCUUGGCCCGUACACCAUUGGAUUGCUGCAGGACGGUCCAUUCCGUGACCAGACGUUCGUCUUGUGGGGCACCACCCUCCUCCUCAUCCAAGUGAGUGUCGAUUCCCUCACCGUUUACAGCAUCCAUGACAUUGAGCAGAGGAAGAGGAUGCUUGUGCAGCACGUGCUACAGAUCAUCCUCGUGCUAUGGCUGAUUAGCAUCUUUUUGACAUACAGAAAGUCUGGGGUUCUGAGCAACGCGAGCAAACAAGGAGGUUUGUUGAAGCAGUCGAAAGUGGUUGCUGAUUAUAUGAUGAAUGAGCAUGAGCAAAUACCUCAGGGUGUCACUCCGAAUCCUAAAACCAUGCAAGGUUACAAGUACAUAUUCCAUGGUGAAGAAGAAGUAGCUUCUUUGCUUCCCACUGCACCUGAAUAUAGAGUUGGAUUUAAAAAGAAGACACGUAGAAGGUUCAGCAUGUUCAUCUUCCCAAGGAGUGAGUUUGGAAAUUGUAGCACCAUUGAUUCCGUGUGGCGAUGGAUCGAGAGUCAGAGCAUUCUCGACAAGAAAGUUGCGAAGGAUGUUGCACUCUCCUUCUCAUUGUUUAAAUUGUUGAAGCGGAGAUUGUGUGGAUACGGGAUUGGUGAAGCUGGUCUCACCAAGACAUUAGAUUUUGUGCUUCAUGGGGUUAUCUCUGAAGAUGGUAACUAUGCCCGUGCUUUUAGAGUUAUAGAGAUGGAGUUGGCAUUCCUAUAUGAUUUCCUCUAUACAAGAUUCGAUACAGUGUCUUAUAGGUAUAAGGGCUCACAAUUUUACUUUGCUAUCACUGUUACUGUUUGGAAUUGUGUCACUGGAGCAUUUAGCCGGCACUACCAUAGUAGUAAUUUGAAACAGAGAGUUUAUGGAAUCGAUGUUAUUCACAUGGUCACCAUUCUGCUGCCUAUCAUUGUGUUAGCAUUGUCCCUUUUACCUACCAGCCUGAACUCGAUGUGGGACACAGUGCAUGAGAUGCAGGAUCCAAGUUUAUUGCUUGCCAAGGAAUGGACACGGAAGUUUCCUAUGGUAAAGCGUGCACAGUUGUCUUCUGUAACACGUGAGGCAGAGAAGUGCUGGCAGAGAGCGUUUGGGCAGUACUCUCUGUUACUGGAUUUCGACUACCACCCGUGGAAUGUGCUGUCUGUUGUCCCUUGGACUUGUCGACGCAACAAGAGAAGGACAGAAGGCUGGGGAAAAGAUCGUAUUGACAGAUGA